UCCGUCUCCAAAGGAAGCCCCAAUUUCGCCAAAAAGAAAAACCCUAAAACUAAAAGCCUCAACAUGGUGAAGCAACUACAGAUGAACACGGCAGGAGAUGCAGGCGGCAUGGCGGCAGGAGCCGGCGGCGGCAAGGAGAGGCGAGCGGAGGCACCGCCAGCAGCCAAAGUUGCAAGAGUUGGCCGCAGCGAACUCCGGGAGCGUCCGGGGGAAGUGCGGCAGAAUCGUGGUUCCUGGAAAUCUCCGCCACGUAAGGAAAGGAUGUUUAGGAUGUCUGAAAAACAACCUUCGUCGGAACCUAAGCAAAAACACAGGAGGGGAAAUCCGCAGGUUUCUUCAACACAGAAUCGUGGUUCCUGGAAAUCUCCGCCACGUAAGGAAAGGAUGUUUAGGAUGUCUGAAAAACAACCUUCGUCAGAACCUAAGCAAAAACAUAGGAGGGGAAAUCCGCAGGUUUCUUCAACACAGAUGGAAAUGGAAACAUGCAAGUUGGAACUUCCUGCUCAGAACAAUCUUUCAAAAUUUGAAAGUUGGUACAGGACAUCAACAAUGUCAACUGGAGAGGCUAGUAGCAGCUGUGGCAUGCUCACGAGAGCAAACAUGAAGCAGAAGCAUGGUUCUGGGAGGUCUCCGCCGCCUCCUGAACGAGUGAUGUUUGGGAAGCAAAAGCAAAAGGAGGUCCAGGAGACACACCCAAUAAAGAAGAAAUCCUAAUCUUUGACGAAUUAUAGGUGGAAAAAGGAUUCACCUUUCCACGAAAGAAGAUUAAGAUAGACUGCCUGGGAUUUUUGUCACCUCCACGAAAGAAGUUUAAAGAUGGACUGACUGGGAUUUUGUCACCUCCACGAAAGAAAUUUAAGAUGUACUGAAAAUCUCCGCCACCUUCCCAGGAAAGAAGUAAAUGGAUUGAACAUACUUACUGUAAAUGUUCAAGACUAAAGUGUGAUUUAUAUCCGUCAGUUUGCUAUAAGAAAUAGUAAACAUAUAUAUUUAAAAUGUUUGGACCUGUUAAUUCCGCCUGGCUCUUUUUCCACAUGGAUAAUAUUGUUUCAUGCUAAGGCAUAUC